UUCCCUCACGAUAUUGCAGAAAGACUCGGCUUUCCUCUUCCUCUCCAAACCACCUCGAAGCAGGGACGUCAUCAGAAUAUUAUUUGAAGAAAGUGUCAUGGAAGUUCUGCGUCCACAGCUUAUAAGAAUUGAUGGCCGGAAUUACAGGAAGAAUCCAGUCCAAGAACAGACCUAUCAACAUGAAGAAGAUGAAGAGGACUUCUAUCAAGGCUCCAUGGAGUGUGCUGAUGAGCCCUGUGAUGCCUACGAGGUGGAGCAGACCCCACAAGGAUUCCGGUCUACUGUGAGGGCCCCCAGCUUGCUCUAUAAGCAUAUAGUUGGAAGGAGAGGGGACACUAGGAAGAAAAUAGAAAUGGAGACCAAAACUUCUAUUAGCAUUCCUAAACCUGGAGAAGACGGGGAAAUUGUAAUCACUGGCCAGCAUCGAAAUGGUGUAAUUUCAGCCCGAACACGGAUUGAUGUUCUUUUGGACACUUUUAGAAGAAAGCAGCCCUUCACUCACUUCCUUGCCUUUUUCCUCAAUGAGGUUGAGGUUCAGGAAGGAUUCCUGAGAUUCCAGGAGGAAGUACUGGCGAAGUGCUCCAUGGAUCAUGGGGUUGACAGCAGCAUUUUCCAGAAUCCUAAAAAGCUUCAUCUCACUAUUGGGAUGUUGGUGCUUUUGAGUGAGGAAGAGAUCCAGCAGACAUGUGAGAUGCUGCAAAAGUGUAAAGAGGAAUUCAUUAAUGACAUUUCCGGGGUAAACCCCCUAGAAGUGGAGAUGGCAGGGAAAUACAUGAAUGAUGAUCCUGGCAUGGUGGAUGUUCUUUACGCUAAAGUCCAUAUGAAAGAUGGCUCCAACAGGCUGCAAGAAUUAGUUGAUCGAGUGCUGGAACGUUUUCAGGCAUCUGGACUAAUAGUGAAAGAGUGGAAUAGUGUGAAACUGCAUGCUACAGUUAUGAAUACACUAUUCAGGAAAGACCCCAAUGCUGAAGGCAGGUACAAUCUCUACACAGCGGAUGGCAAAUAUAUCUUCAAGGAAAGAGAAUCAUUUGAUGGCCGAAAUAUUUUAAAGUUGUUUGAGAACUUCUACUUUGGCUCCCUGAAGCUGAAUUCAAUUCACAUCUCUCAGAGGUUCACCAUAGACAGCUUUGGAAACUACGCUUCCUGUGGACAAAUUGACUUCUCCUGAGGUAGAUCUUGGAAAGCACUAGAAACUGAACAUCCUCACCAGGUGCUGAAGAAAAGUCUCUUCAUUUUAUUUGCCAAGCAGAGAUGUGCACAUUUGGAUGGUGACUUUCCUGGGUGGUGCCUCUAAUGGUGUCUACAGCCAUCAAACUACCAGCCGAGAUGGUGGUGGGCAUAAAGAGAAUUUGUGCCUAUAACCCUUAGUGUGUUCUGGUUUUUUUUUCUUUUAAUUUUUAAAUUGUGGUAAAAUACUCAUAAAACAUACUGUCUUCACCAUUUUUAAGUGCACAGUUCAAUAACAUUAACUGUUAAUAGUUCAUUUUGCUGUGUGGCCAUCACCACCGUCAAUCUACAUAGGCUUCUCAGCCUGUAAAAAGGAAACUACCCAUUAAACAGUCAUUCCCACUCCUCCCAGCCCCUGCAGCCACCAUUCUGCUUUCUGUCUCUCUGGUUUUGACUGUUCUCAGUAUCUCAUAUAAGUGGAAUCAUACAGUGACUUGUCUUUUGUGACUGGCUUAUUUCACUUAGCAUAAUGUCCUCAAGGUUCAUCCAUGUUGUGUCAGGUGACAGGAUUUCCUUCCUGUAUUAUACAUAUAAUGGAAUGUUCCGUUACAUGUGUGUACCACACUCUGUUUCUCUAUCAGUGAGCACUUGGCUUGCUUCCUCUUGACCAUUGGGAGUAGUGCUAAUACAGACAAGGGUGUCUCUGCCUUUAAUUCCUUUACCACCCAGAGUUUUAUCUUUAGCAAAAUAACUAUUAAAGUUUUUUGCCUUUUAC